AUGAGUGGUACUGAGAGAUUGGAGUUUCUUUACGAUCCGAAAGUUUUGAGAGAUGAUGAUAAUGAAAUAUAUUUGUUAGGCACUCAGAUACCAAGAAAUUUAACUGAAAUAAAUGAUUCUAGUGAUGAAGAGUCAGUACCGCCGGGUAUAAGGAAUGAAGAACUUAUUAAAAGAUUGAAAGAAGACCCACUAGUAACUAUAAAAAGUGCGGAAUUAAAACAUAGAAAGAUUAUUGGGGAAUUUAAUAAGAAAAGUAGUAAUAGAAAUAAAUCAGUAACAAGAAUACAUAAGAGGUCCUUCUCUAGAUCCCCCCCUUUAGCCUUUAAAAAGAAAACUAGAAUAGCAAGCAAUAAACAUACAAAAUAUAAGGAUCAACAAUAUGGCAAAAUUGAUAAGGAAUAUAAAUUAAGAGAGAUGCUAGAAUGUGGUGAAAUACUCAAAAAGCAAAGAUAUGAUAAAUUUAAUGGUAACUUUGAGAGAAGUAUAGACUCAGAUAUAAAUGUGACAAUACGUGGUAAACAAUAUAUUGGAGAGGUUCACAGACAAAUUAGUGAUGAACUAUUGGGAUCUUUAGGUAAUAGAAUAAAGAGACUUAUUAAAUACAAAAAAUAA